AUGUUGCUGCUAAAUCGACACGACAGACAGCCUAAAAGGAGCCUUCGGUCAUAUGGUGCUAACACCGUUCCCGAUGUGUUCAUGAGGAGGAGUCGCUUGAAAAUGGUUCUGGUGCUUCUUGGACCUCUAUGCAGCGCGUUUCCAAGUUAUCAAAGGCGAAUUCCCAAUGGAGACCAGGUCGGUUUGGGAUCAGGAGACGGUAUGGGGUCCUGUGAUCCAGUGGGACAUAUGGCGUGCAGCUAUCCUUUAGCAGCGAACGAGAUGGCAGGAGUCCAACAACUGCUGGGCAGAGUCGGGGAACAUGUUCUAUUAAGAAUGUUCUAUUAGGAAGACGUCAUGAUGAUCUGCCGUGUAUUUUACGAUUAAGUAAACCUUUUUCUGAACAAUACCUGAAAGCACGUAAGCUAAGAAAGUUGUAUCAGUUUUUUUGAUAUCAUCAUGCAUCAAUGAUCAUGUUACUUCGCGGGAUUCCCGAAAUUUCUAACAACGGAUAGUACUUCGUGAAAACUGCUUCUAGAAGUUCUAACCUCGUAAAAAACUGUUUCUAAUUUAUCUAUCGAAUCAACAAGCACAAGGACAAGGACAACAUCUUCCUCCUCCACGAGAGGAAGAGCGAAAUCGGCCGUUUGUUUUAAACCAGUUUGGUUCGGAUUUUUUGCGGAUUGGGAAAUUGCGUUGGACCCAAGCCCUCUGCGAACUGGACAGUGAUGGGGAUGGGUACUCAAACGGUUUAGAAUUGGGCGACCCCUGUUGUUUGUGGUUAUGGCUAGGUUUUCUAAUGUUUGUGGUGCUGCUGGAGAACGAGGGAAGGUUAAAACAUUGAUUCUUCUCAAGUGGGAAUUUCCUCCAUUCAGAAACUUGUUCUUCACUUUGUCGAGCUUCUCGCUAUCAUCUUAUUUCUAAGCAUCUUUCUAAGUAAGCAGAUUCGUUGUCAAGGAGUUAAAAUUAUGAGAACGAAAGACGAACAAGAUUGGUGAAAUUGAAGUUAGUAUGCUUCCCCACUUCAUCUAACUGGAAAAGAUGAGAACUUUCUCGAUGACCAUGUUGGUCGUGCCCUAACUACGACACAAGUAGUUGUAGGAUGGCAAAGUCAACAAGGAGGCACUUCAUCGGGUGAGUAUCAGAAUUCAUCUGAUGCCUCUGCUCGACUUGUACCGGUUCCCGCACUAGUGAAGAUGUCGGGAAGUCCGGCUGCUCGUUUUGAUCCUGGUCUCCACAAUGACUUACUGGCUUUACCGUUUUCUACGAAAGGAGCACUCUCACAUCCGGGCUUUGCUUAAGGCUGAUUUCGAUGAUUCAUAAUUGAGAAUUUGAACUAAGCCCGCCUUGUGCAAAGCUUAUCGUGUGUUUUUGUUUUUUGAACGAAACUAUCAAUCAUCUUUUGUGUACUUAUGAACUUACCUGAUAUUGAUUCGGAAGCGGGAGAUGAGGAGGAAAAAUAUAUAAAAUUGAAGGAAAAUUGCAUACCCGUCAAACUGACUGGGUAUAUCAUCAUCUAAUUUACCUCGUCUGUACCCUCUGCUAGUGAUCAUGACCAGCGACUUGUCAACUUCAACUGUUCCGCUUUUUUGGUAGAGAAAGAUGGCACUUUGGACAAUCGGUUGAACCCCAAAACGACUCUCAACAACGGUGCUGGCACAGAGACAAUGAACUUAAACAGCACUAGUGCCACGAACAGUGCCAGUAAUCCGAACGCAAGUCUUAAUAUUAAGGCUCAACUUGCAAUGGUCACUGGGGUUGGUCACUGAGAUCGAAGAGGCGACCCCUUGAGAGUAGAACAGGGGAAAACGAAGGGAAAGGGGAGAGCUUUGAAGGGGGGUCGCUUCCGUUCAGAGUCAGUGGCCAAUGAAUUCUGAGCUUUAAUAAUAACAGCAACAGUACCGCAAGUCUUCUAGAUCCAAGAAGUGCAACGACUAAGGUCCUUCAGUUCCAAAUUCCGGAUUAUCCGCUAUUCGACGAAAGCUUUUCAUCCGCUAUUCGACGAAGAGUCGGGGAGUACACUGCUUACCUCAACUAUGGCGUGAACUUCAAGCCUCUUACUGUUGGGUAUCAAAACACGUUAAAGAGCUUAUUAUCAACGGCGCUGGAUGCUGGAAUCGUUCAAGUUGACGGAAGCUUCUUUGGCAAUAGGACGAAUAGAUCGACGAAUACAUCGAUAGGAGCUGAGUCUAUUCCGGUUCCUCUCACAAGUAUCGGAGCGAAUUUGUGGGAUUAUUUGUUGUACCAUCCGGAAUACAGGGCCGCUCUCGAGGCCCGUAAAGCUACAAAAGCUCAAGAUGAUCAUUCGCAAAGCCACAGUUCAAUUUGGGCCCGUGAUAUGAAAAUUUUAUUUGAUCGCCCAAAAAAUUUACAUCACAUGGAUGUGAUGUGCAAUCGAGACCGUCAUCCGCAACUAGAUGUGACACUUUUGCUCAAUGAGACAGCAUACAUGGAAGCAAAAAGCCAGAACAUAAACAAUAUCGACGUGGUAAUAUCGCCAACGCCGCUUUCGGGAUAUUUGAGGUUUGAGAUUGCGUCUGCGGAUGGGAGCAAAGAAGAUGCUAGCAAAUCCAAAUCUGCAUUGUUUUUGUCCAUUGAAGGAGACAGUGCGGGACCGUCUCGCGUCCGAUAUUCCGGUGCGCCGUAUCGUUUUACUUAUGACCACUACCGCACAGGCAUCCUUGACGUUCUCCUGCUUGCCUCUGGCUUCUAGUUUUUGUCUCCUGAGUAAGGAAGAUAUAGCAUGCCAGAGGACAUCUGUGUGUGCCUUGUCCAAGGAUGCGACUGCAGUAUCUCUAACUUACCUGGUCACGAACCGUUGCAAGUUUUACACCUGGCGGACCUGGAUUGAAGUCGACUUUUGAUGCAGGAGUUAGUCUCUCAGAGUGCGAAGCACUGUAUGUCAAUACGCAUUACGUCGUUUCAGCCUCUGAUGCGAAGCUUGCGGGUGAAGUUAGCGGUAAGAAUCUUACAACAGCCAUAGCGUUAGAAGAUAAUCAAACCGAGGCGAGGAGGACUGUAGGGGAUGGAUUUCAGCUGACCUAUGGGGAGUUGGAGUUCGCUUCUGUUGCUAAUACUAGUGUCGUGUCAAGUUCCACUUAUUCUUCUGCGUCAGCCUCCACUAGGCCGACCUACGAGGACAUGGGGAUGGCUUCGCCUUUUCUGGUAAAAAAUGAACCUGCACUGAAAAUAGGCAAAGGCAAAGGACGCUACUUCUUGUCGAAAACGUGCCGUGUUAAACUCUCGUGUGAAAUAGAUUUUGAUGUUGGACGAAACACCACGUCGAUCAAUAACACGUGUCCUUACCACCUACGCUUUAUCAAUUAUCAUGGACAUUUAUGGCUCCUGGAAAUCAGAAUAGGACUUCUAGUUGUACCUCUUUACUUGAUCUACUUGUCAAAAACACGAUCUUCUAUUGUAUUUUUUCAUAUAGCAGCACCAGCAGUCACUACUCGCAGCUGUUUCUCACUUUCUCUCGCUCACGCAAAUAUGCUUAUGCUCUACAAUCCCGCAAUGAAUUCGAAUUGAUUUUCGUCUUUCAUACCCUUACCUGAUGUCCGAGAUGCAUGCUCGGUUGUGGAAGAGGAGGUCGCAGAGUUGGACAGAUUUGCAUUCUCAGCGUCAUUUCAACUUCAACGAUCAAGCAUAUCUGAGUCAUCGCGGAAAAGGAGGAACUUUAUUGUUGUCAAGGACUACAACAAGUAUGCUCAAUAUGCAGAAUUCUUCCACAACUACUUCUGCGACCACUGGUAGCAGUACCUCGUCAAACGGCGGCAGCUCCGUGGAUGGUAAAGACGGAUUGCCAAUCAUUUCCGGUUUGGAAAAUUUAGCACCUGUCGUCGAUAUCGAGAGCGGAGAUAUCAUCCAAGCGGCGUGUGUGUGGGACACUAGAGCAUUCUUGGAUGGAAUAUUAAGGCUCAAGUUUCAUUGGUCAUUGGGGUUGGUCACGGAGAUCGAACAGGACCCCCCUUCGAGAACAGGGGAAAACAAAGGGAAAACAAGUAGAGGGGUAAGUAUUGGGCCCCUCCCGUUCAGAGUCAGUGACCACUGAGGGUCGACCUUUAUUAAGAACAAGUUCAAGCGAAGGUGGAGAAGGUGUCAAAUUAGGUUUCCGAGAUGGUGAGGAAAUGUGUAUCCAUCUCUAUUUGCAUACGCCAAAGAGUACUACGUUAGUCUGCGAAGAAAGCGACACGACCAAGCCAGGAGCAAUACGAAGUGCUUAUAUUAGCGGUGAACUUCAGAGCGGAGAUGAUCGUCCGUUCUUUGAGCAAGUUCCCGAUUUAAUGUUCGAUCCGUCUGCGACGAACCUGAUACGUGGGAGUCAGCAGGGACAAAGUAGUGCUCAAUCUCGACAUCAGUCAACAAGUGCAGAUGUUGCUGGUUCAUCAAAUACCAUUGAAGAGACUGGUUCUGAGGAAUUUUUACGACCCUACACUGGAGUCCGCGAGAUUUGGCGAGAAGUUUUGGGAGUCAAUGAUACAGCACAGAAUUGUGUGCCCGCUUAUGGAAACUUUGAUCGUGCCUGUGGACUUGUGCCAGUGCUUAUUCGGAAUGCCUCGGAUUUAUUUGCAAGUGCUACUCGAAGUAACGGAACAGCGUCAGUCUUAGCGCCAGUAUUAGGUGAACGGUUGAGUGAGGUAGCGUCGUCGGGUGCAACGGCUCGCAAAGUGAAGAUCAUGGGAACCAAUACAUAUUCUCUACCUCUGCCAACGAUUAUCUUAGCGGCUUGGAUAGCGCAGUUGUUUUUUUUCUGAAGGUACCGAUUUGUGUAAGCACUAUCUUUUUCUCCACCUUCAUAGAACAUGUGUGUCAGAUUCAGACGUCUACGUCGAUCUUCAUGGAACUAUAAUUCGAGCCACAUUCUGACGCUGACCUAGAAGUUAGACGAACUUCAAAUGUAAGACUCACACGAAUAGAGUCCUUUUCCCUAUGAUUGCCCGACAUUGUGUUCGCAUGUAAUGUCAAUUUGUUCUCGUUGUGCUUCUCGUGCGCUUGGUCUUGUUCAGUCAUCGAGCUAAACAGAACUAUCAUUAGAACUUAAGUAAAAAUGCUAGCCUUUGAUAAAGUGAGAACAAACUUUGUGUUGUGGAUUUGAGCUGCCAUCACACGAGGUCGGAACAUUUCGAUUAGUUGGACCUCUCGCUUAGGUUUUUGAGUAGUGCUUCUAGUGCCACCAGCACUAUUCGUGAAGGAAAUGGACCGAUCCGAAACUGAAAAUUCGUGAAUUAAUAAUCCACUAGUCGAAUGAUUUUUACUAGAGGAUGAAGAUCGCCUAGGAGAGAAGCGAGGAAAUAAGAACACCGACAAAAACAUUAAGAGUGGUUCGACCUAAAGCUGAAUGGUUCGACGAAACCCAAUGUACUUACCUCCCUUGAAGAUGAAGGAUGGAAACAAAGUGACGACGAGUAGACGAGAGUUAGAGGGUCAGUGCCUGGUGAAGACGAAGAGUCGUCCCUCCUCGUUUAUCCGUGCCGUUCUGUCGUGC